UUCUGAUCAUACUUAAGAAAAUGAAGGAGAAUGGUAGCAGCUCAGGCAGACCCUAUCGGUCUCAUGCGCAUCCCGCAUGUUUGCCUUGCCGAAAACGCAAGUCGCGAUGCCGCACCAGAGACUCUUCGGCGACAUGCAUGAUGUGUCUGGCUCAUGCAACCGAGUGCCUCUUUCCUUCAGCUGACAAGCCUGCGCAAAGGAAGCGAACCGCCAACCUGCAGCGGAUUGCACCCAAGACAGCCCGAGUUGAACGACCUUCCACCCCUCAGGUCGUACUCCCGUCACCCAGGACCAGCCAACGUUCGGACACACCACAACUGACGAGACAUCACCACCCAACCCAUAUUCCCACAGCAUAUUCAUAUGGCAGGAUUGAAAGUCUCAUGGAUGUGGUUGGUGAUACUGGAGACGACAGCUCCCAUGUCGUCAGUCCAGUUGUUGCCGAUGACAGUAGUAUAUUGGAAGGAUAUCUGUUCACAGUUCCGGAUAAUCGAAGACCAGGCUUGAUGCACACUAGUUCAAAAUCCAGUCGACUCAUGCAGCAGGUACUGUUCAAUACCAUUCCAAGGCGUCCGUUAGGGGUGUACUCAAAUCAAUCUCUCCCGUCCAUAAAAUGCGAGCUCAUCGAAAAAUACCUCGAGCCCGCGACGAAGGAUGUUGUGGGACUGUUCUUCGAAUGCGCAAAUAUAUGCUUCCCUGUGUUUGACGAGGCGUCGUUCAUGAAUGCUUACUGCACUCGCAAAGAAGAAAUAUCCCCAGCUCUCCUCUGCAAUCUAUAUGCCAACUCGCUAAUAUACUGGGACAAUUCGCCACAACUGCGUUCAACUCGCACACCCGACAUCCGCUAUAUCUGGAACCAAGCUAACGAGGCUCUUCAUUCCGAGUUGUUUCUGUGUCCUGGUAUUUCAACUGUACUGGCGAUGCUGCUGAAUGUCUGCGGCAGACCAAGCACCUCGAUCUUUGGCAAUGGGGGUAUGGUAGGGACAGCGGUAGCCCUAUCUAAUGCCUUGGGUUUGAAUCGAGAUCCCUCCCAGUGGAAUAUCUCUGCCCUCGAGAAGGGAUUCCGCAUCCGCGUCUGGUGGUUGGUCGUGAUUCACGAUCGAUGGUGCAGCCUCGCCUACGGAACACCGCUCCAGAUUCAUCGCACCCAAUACGACGUCCCAUUUCCAACCAUGGACUAUGUCCUCUCUUCUCCCGGAAUGCCAUCUCAUGAAGCUGCAGCCUCAAUAUUCAUUGCUUUCACGACACUAACCGAAGUGCUGGGUCAAUACCUAGAAUAUAUCUAUCACGUCUCCAGUCUCGUGAGGAAGACAAUCAGUUCCCUUUCACACCUCCUCACCAACUGGGAAGAUUCCCUCGACACCAAGACCCGCCAUAUUAUCCACCGCGGAACCGACUUGAUCACCCCUGGCGCGGCAAACCUGCGCCUGGCAUACUUAUCCGUGAAGCUUCUGCUCCGACGAAUCGCACUCGACCUGGACGACGAUCAGACCGAGACUUCUAAUAUUGAUAAUAUGAAUGACAGCACCUCUUCCUCUGUUUCGUUCACGCAAGUCGAGCGUGUAGCGGAAGAGAUAGUGCAUCUCCUACGUGGGUUUUGGAUCCCGGUGCAGGCGUACUCGCUAACAUCUGCGACAACAUUUCUUCUGCGGAGUGGGCUCCGCAGAGUUAGAUCGCACUCUGUCGAACGCGGCAAAAAUCCACCCUUGGAGUUGGCUAAAGAAAUGAUCGCUACACUGCAGUCACAUCGGCAGCUUACUGGAUGGGAUCUGGGUGACGAUUGUCUGUCAAAGUGCGGCGUGCUGGUGGAAAGGAUUGCUCCCUUGGAUAAUGAUGGGACCGGCUUGCCACUAAAUGAUGAAUUGUCUGAUUCAUUGCAGCCUUUUGAUCUAGAUACAUCGAUCCUGGGUGACCUGUUCUGGGACAUGCCAUAUAUGGGGAACACCUUUACUUUACAACACCCUUGA